AUGCCACUUAGCCCUCUCUUUCCCGGCCGUCUCUCUCAUUCUUAUUCUCUCUCUCGCUACUCUCUAAUUCAAGCCUGGCAGACUUAUCAAGAAGAUAGUCACCAGGUUGAUUGUGCAGAUCUUAGAUCUGUGGAGAGAGAGAAGAUGAAUAGGUGUGGAUAUCAGCAGAAGGUGUUGGGGAUCUGUGGAGAGAUGAGGGGAGAAUCGAUCUGCGCCUCGGGCGGCGUCGUUUGCCCUAAGCCUCGUCGACUUGGCGGCUUCAAUCCCUCCAUUAACGACCAUAUCAGACCAUCUAGGUGCCACAUCAACAGCUAUCAAACGGGGGUAUAUGAAGCAAAAGCAGGGACGGAAGUUCUCGACAUCAUUUUCACCAAAGGAAGUUAUGGUGUUGAGAAGCCCAACACUCUGGUUGCUUCAUCGCCACCAUUUUUCUCUGGGUCUCCACCAAGUAGGGCUUCAAACCCUGUGAUCCAAGACUCUAACUUUGGUGUUGACAAACUCGGUCAGUUAGCUCCGGCCCUUGAAGCAUCACCAUCUCCAUCCUCGGCACGUAAAAAUGGAGGGGGAUGUGUUCGUGCGAAAUUCAGCCACAAGCCAGCUGCAGUGAGGAUUGAAGGGUUCAACUGUAGGGGCAUCUCUGCUGUAGCUUAGACAAAUUCCAUUUUGAGACCCCCAGAAGCAGAGGGGAGAAACAAACGGUAGGGGCGUUUUUGGGGAGAGAGGAACUAUUUGUUUUGUUGUGUAUAUAGAUGUUGGAAAUGGUUAAUCUGGUAAGUUUAGUGUCAAUCACUCAAAUAUGUAUAUGUAAAUGGAAGGGGUUGAUGAGAGAAGUUGAUUCAAAUAAAACUAAAAGGGAAGGAAAAAUCCUUCUUUCUGGUAGUAGUUUUUGGAUAGGGAGUGAUCUCUAUUGAUUAGAGAGAGAAGAGCCUUUUGUGUUUGUUGUCACUCUUGUCCUUCAUUGGAAUUGCAGUCCGAAUGCAAGGGUGAAAUUGUCUUUUGCAUUUUUUUAAAAAAAAAUUUCCCGUGUGGCUAUUGAUAUUAAUCUUGUAUAGGUCUCAGAAGCACGUGGUAGUGAAUUUGUCAACUUCUGACAUUGAAGGCUGUAAUUUUAUAUUUAAAUACAUUGAAUGGUGCUUUUGUAGACGCAACUACAUGUAAUUAAAGUACUGUAUUAUAUUGGAUUAGUUUUCUAAAGAAUACAAUUAUGAGGUUUUGACAAAUUGUC